GGCCUGCCCGAGGCGGGCGAAGCCGCCCGCAGCCGCCCGGCGGCUCAGCCAGGAAUGGGGACCCCGCUGGAUGUGCUGUCCAGGGUGGCCUCUCUGGUGCACGCCGACGACGAGAAACGCGAAGCCGCUCUCCGGGCGGAGCCCCGAAUGCAGCCGGUGGCGGUGGCGUCGGCGCUGGGCGGUCACCGCACGGGCCCGCCCCCCAUCAGCCCCAGCAAGCGGAAGCUGAGCGCCGAGCCGGGGGACGAGGACCUGGACUGCGACGGCGACCGCGUCUCCAAGAUGACCCGCAUCUUCAGCCCGCACCUGAGCAAGACGGCGGUGAACGGAGACUGCCGCCGGGGCGGCCGCGAGCGCAGCCGCAGCCCCCUGGAGCGCGCCGGGGCCCCCGCCUGCCCCGCCGGCCUGCACGCCGGCCACCUGUACGCCGCCCUGCCCGGCCUCGCCGAGCAGCCGCUCGCCCUCACCAAGAGCGGCGGCGACGCCCGGCCCGGCCUCUCGCCCGGCCUGACGCCCGCCGAGCGGCAGCAGAACCGGCCCUCGGUGAUCACCUGCGCGUCCGCCGGCGCCCGCAACUGCAACCUCUCCCACUGCCCGAUCGCGCACAGCGGCUGCGCCACGGCGGGAACCGCCAGCUACCGGAGGCCGCCCAGCCCGCUGCCAGCUGCGACCCCCCGUUGUGGAGGAGCACUUCCGCCGGAGCCUGGGCAAGAACUACAAGGAGCCCGAGCCAGCGCCCAACUCCGUGUCCAUCACGGGCUCCGUGGACGACCACUUCGCCAAAGCCCUGGGCGACACGUGGCUGCAGAUCAAGGCGGCCAAGGACGGCGCGUCCGGCAGCCCCGAGCCGGCCUCGCGCCGCGGCCCGCCGCCCAGCCCCUCGGCCCACGUGCUCGGCACGGCCCCUCCCCGUCCGUGGUGUCCUGAGGGCGGCGCCCCCCUCCGGCGACGCGGGGAGCUGCAUGGUUUGCCCGAGAUUCGAACAGUCCGUGCUUCAA